AAUCUUAACCCACAUCUCUUCUAUGAAAGUACUUUUGUUUCGUCUGUAGUAGUCUUUGGAUUCACUUUAAAAGUAGCAUAAUACUUAAGUUUUUUUCCCUACGAAGUGAACUCCUCUGCGCCUGUUGUCGGUCCGCUCGUUUCCUCGGUGAACUGCAGCAUCCUCUGCAUACAUACAUGACCCAUAACCCCGAGAGGAGGUGGGCGGCUGGGUGCGAAGCGCGGCGUCUGCAGCAUAAUUAAAACAUGGCGGACUCGGAGGAAUAUAGACUUAAACGAUUAAAGCAUGAGGAGCACAUGUCCAGGGUGUUUGACGAGGUGAUGGGGCUGGGAGACUUCGCCGACUCCUCCAGGGGCUCCAAUGCAUCCUCCAAGAGUGGUGAACAGGACGAGACGAAGGGAGUGGACCAAACUUCAGGACAAGAGGAGCAACAACCCAUGGAGGAGGAGGAGGAGGUAGAGGAGGAGAAUAGCAACUGCAGCAAGAAAGAAGAAAAGAUAGACAAAGGGGCGGGCGAGUCAUCACUUCCUCGCAUUGCCUCGCCCACCUCUGACCCACAGGAUUCUUUUAAAAUGGGGAGCAGCGACGGGGGAGGUGGACGAGGAGGAAGCGGGGCGGCAGCGUUUGAUGACGCGCUGGAUGGCCUUCCUUCAUUUGGGCAGGAGGAAGAUGAUGAAGACUGGCACUUUGCCCUGCCCAUGGGCACCCUGGAGGAUGUAGACGUGGAUAAGGCCGGCAGGAAAAGUAGCCAGCAGGCGAACAGCGAAGCUCCGAGCAAUACCUUCGGUUCUGAGCCAAAAGUAGGGGAGGAGGAGGAAGAGGAGGAGGAGCAAGAAGAGAGGGCAGGGAGCACCGGUUCCGCCAACACCUUCCACUCGUCACAAGACAACAGCAGAGAUGCAGGCGUCUUGAACCAGACAGAGGAGACGGAAGACAGUGAACAGGAAGAGACGUCAGAGGCAGCUCCGGUGGAGGACAGCAAUCCCCCGAUCUCGCCGAGUGUGAAUAUAAAAGAGGAACCUAUUGAUGAAGGCUACGAUGCUGCGUUAUUGCCUCAGAGCUCCAUCAGACAGAUCAAAGAGGAGCUCGAACACCAGGAGGAGGAGCUGAGGAUCAGCUCCGUCUUCUCCGUAGGUGGAGGCAACACCUUCGCCUCUCCUACCAUGCCAGCAGCAGUCCCAGCCCCGGCUCAGACUGCCAUUUUUAUCCCUGGUAGAGGAGCUGUCCUACAAGCCAUGGCUCCCUCCCCGUCAGACCUCCAGUUCCAGUCCCAACUUCACUACCAGCUCUGACACCAAUACCGCCACGCCCACCACAACCCCCAGUUCCCGGUAGCGUUCGCUGCAGCGGCUGCUCUAAGGUUCUGCUGAAAGGUCAAACAGCUUUCCAGAGAAAAGGAUCAACGCAGCUCUUCUGCUCCACCGUAUGUCUGACGGGCCAUCUUCCUCUGCCCACUAAAAACCGAAGCUGUUUCCAGUGCAACAG